CUGGGCUGGGACGGCGAAAGGGGCGCGCGCCGACGCCUCUCCGCGCAAAGGGACGCGCGCGAAUUGUGAGGUAAUUUUUGCGUUGUGAGGCGAAGCGCCUUUAUGCAGGCGCGCGCAGGGAGUUGAAAAGGCAGCUCCGGGAGGGUUUUGUCCGCGUCAGCCGCUGGGGUCCCCGUAGGGUGGCGUCGAGAGGAGACGAGACCCGUCGCGUGGGGAGGGGGUGGGGGUUAGGGCGCCCGCCCCUGUGGCCGCGGGAGGGCGCCUGGCCUCGCCCUCAGAUGGCUCACCCCUCUGCCAGCAGGGCGGGUCGGGUAGCAUGGACAGGAGGAAAGCGAAGAAGAAGUGGCAGUGGCGGCGGCGGCGGCAGCAGCCACGCUCCCCUCCCGCCGGUGCCUAUCGCUUUAAGGGGCUGCCGCGGCCGGGAGGAGAGUAGUGGCUGAGGCGCGCCGAUGCCGCCUCCUCCGCCUCAUUUCCUCGCUCGCUCACAGGAAGUGGGGCCGCUGCUGCGCGGCGCAGCCUGCAGUCCAACAGCAGCAGCAGCAAGAGCUGCUAGUUGAGCCGAGGAAGCAGCAGCAGCAGCAGCAGCAGCAGGAGGGGCUCCGUUUUGAGGUGAGUCUUGCGGGGCGCGCGGGCCACGUUCGCCCUUCUCCCCUUCCUCCCCCUCCUAUCUCAGCCUCCCCGUGGCUUUGGCGCAUCUGCCCCAAGCAGGUUCUCCCACUCCUUUCUUCGCUCCCGGUGCCACGAUUGCCGCCCACCGACCCACCCCCACCCCCUCCAUGACACCCAAAUCUAGGCUCUCCAGAGCAGGUCUAGUCCAAAGUCCUUUGCUCACGUAACGAAAACAUCUCGCCAGCCUCGGCUCGUUAUUGUGCCCACGCGCCCACCCCCGGUAAUGUAUGUGUGUGCAGGAUGGGUAACAACUCUUGGAUACCUACCUACACACCUGCGUGUGUGUGUGUGUGUGUGUGUGUGUUUCUUUUUCUUAAAUAAACCCUCCGCCUCGCCGUAUCUUAACCCUUUCUUUCCUCCCGCCGCCCCAUUACAGAAGAACCUUCUAUCCUUCCUUCCUCAAAAAUCCUCUCGGGGCUUCAGGACGCCAAGCCGAAGAUCUCUGAAUGCAAAUCGGGUGACGCCUUGUACUCCUCAUUCGUGCAGUCUGGUUGCAGAGUGGUGGAAGGCAACAUCCCCCGCCCCCACUCCACCUUUCCAGAGCUUAUAUAUCUUGGGGAAUAGCGUUUCUGUCAUAGGAAUUACUGGUUUGUCAGCUGGUGGUUAUUACGAAUAAAUUGAUAUAGGUUAGACUAAGUUGAAAUGAUAGAAGAUAGCCUGGAUGGCUCAGUUGGUUUAGAGCAUGGUGCUCAUAUUGCCAAGGUUGCAGGUUCAAUCCCUGUACAGGGCAGCUGCAUGUUCCUGCAUUGCAGGGGGUUGAACUAGAUGACCCUCAGGGUCCCUUCCAAUUUUAUGAUUCUGUGUGCAAGAUUCUUUGGUUGUUACCCUUAUUCCUAUUAAUCACAAUUGUAUUUCUUAUCUGUGCCUUAUCUUUCCGGACACACUUUUCCUAGCCUGCUUUCUUCAAACAAUUGCAUAAAAUCACACUCCACUCUUGCAAGUUGUCCUAUAGCUGCUUCAGUUGCAACCAGAUUUUUUUCCUCCGUGCGCAAAAGCAUGCAGUGGAGGAAUAGAAAGCCAUCUGUUUCUGUCAUAGUAGUUUCAUAGGCAAAAGGAUAGUUAAAAUGUGUCGCAAGACGAGCAGUCCACAUGCAAUAACUCUGGGCCGUGUACCCUCUAUAUUUUCUCUCUGUUGCAUUGUGCUGUAUGUUCUCUUCCUUCCUUCCACCCGUAAAUUUAUAACUUAGUUCCCUCUAUUUUGUGCCUGUUCUUUUCUUCGCAUAUCUCUUCUCACUUAGAUACAGAAAGAGAGAAAACUCAUUAUUUCUUCACAUCCCUUACAGAGUAAGCUGUUUUGUAAGCAGUGGUUUAUCCCAUGCAGACUGGAAGGCUGUGGGUGGUAAAUGGAUGGUGUGCUACACAGUAUUUAGCAUGUGUUUCUCUCAAGAUGGGGUGCUUUGUUAAUGAAGAACUGAGGGCUUUUUUUUUUACUAGCGACAAUCAAUCACUCAUAUUUCCUGUCUUUUUAAAAAUUGUAUAGGACAGGGAUUCAGAACUGAUAGACCUUUACAUGUUGCUGGACUUGAAUUUUCAUUAGCCCAGCCAGCAUGGCGAAUGGUCAGGGAUGGGAGGUAUAGUCCAGCAACAUCUUCGAAGGGUUCCCCAUUCCUGGUGCAGAGGAGCAAGUAGAUAAAUUACUCCGAUCAUUUUAUUUUGUUGGAUGUUCCUCUUUCAAGUUUGAGAGAAGAACCAGCUGAGGUGUUCCAAACUGUGUUACAGAACUGGUCAUGGCUACGAAGCUGAACCAUGAAUCAGUAAGUCUCUGUUUUGUAUUUUGCCUCUGCCAUGAACUCUCUAGGUAGCCUCAAGCAAGUCACAGCCAGUUUCCUCUGGAAUACAGAGAUAGUACUGACCUAAUUUUACAGGGUGGUUGCAAGUUUAACAUUAAACAUGUCGUACUGGGAAAGCACACAGUAAAUUGGCAGGAUGUUUCGGUAUCAUGGGAGGUGAGAAGUGCAUGGAUUGCUGUAGCCUCAAGCAAAGCCAACUUGCAUUGUUGUGACACAGUGCAGAAAUCAUCUAGCACCAGUUGAAUUAAACUAUAUUGGAGUUUGCAGUAGGAAUGGUGAGGUGAAGUUACUCACUUGAGAUUCAGCCCUUUGGUGCUUUCCCAGAUAGAUGAAUUGGCUUGGGCUUCCCCAAACCCUUAUGUAGCAUAGCUACUUAAGAGUGCAUCCAGAUCCUGAUACAUGUCAUUGGAGUGGGGGCAAAUCAGUUCUGGUGUCCCAUUGCCCCUGUUUAAAUGUAAUGAUCCCAUAGUGACUGUUAUGUCUGGAUUACGAUUGCUCCCCUGACCCAUAUCUCAUCUUUUCUUGGUUCUAGGCAGAAAAAAGUUAAAGCAUGUUGAUUCAUUCUUUUGUAAUGUCUGUCUCAUCCGAGAUGGAACUAAACUAUAGGAUAUGUGGGAAGUUGUUAUGAAACCAAGGGCAUCUAUUAGCCCUGCAUGAGUCUUGCUGGCCUUAUCUGGCACAAACUAAAAGAAAACACCUGAUAUGAAUUGUGGUUCUUGGCUUUAGGCUGCAUUCUUUAAAAAAACCACAACAAGUUUAAAAUAUGCAGAAUCAUCACAUAACGCAGAUUUCUGGUGUAUUCAUACCUAGAUUCUACACCAGGGGUCCUCAAACUAUGGUCCACGGGCCAGAUCCAGUCACCAGAGUCCUGAACCUGGCCCACCCAGCAACUGCAGAACCCGCCUCGCCCUCCCCUUUUUCCUUUUCCCACGGGGAGCUCUAAGCAAACGCUUGGGGCACACAAAAAGGGAAGCAGCGAAAAGUAGCAACAAUUCCCUCCCCGGCGUUCCAAAAGGGUCCUCGGCAUUCCAAAGGGGUCCCUCCCCACCCCCAACGUUCCAAGGCUUACCUGCACCAGUCGAGGAGGGCUUGGAGGGGAGACAUGCGACACCGCUGGGCUGCUAGGGGAAGCAGGAUAGGGCUAGCCAAAGGUGCUCCUUUUAAUAUAUGUUGGUGUGGCUGCUUGCUUGAUCACCUGUCCCGCCCCGAUGGUCACUGAUCCAUUGCAAACACAGGAGGGCAACGUAACAUACGGUGGGCGAAGCUCCCUUCCUCUCUGCCUCUCUUAGCUCCCCACCUUUUCCCCUCCCCAAGCCCAGGCCAAGAGACAAGCUCAACAAGUAUACGACCAAUUUAAUAAUAAUAAGGUGUUUCGGACAGUACUGCAAGUAAUUGGGAGGUGGGCAAAACUCAGUGUUACUCUGCGUAGACCCAUUGAAAUUAAUAGACCCAAUUGACUCAUGUUCAUUAUUUUCAGUAGAUCUACUCUGAGUGAUCUAGCAAACUGGCAUUGACUGCAACCCAUACCAUAACAUUUUAAGAGCCAGUGUGGUGUAGUGGUUAAGAGCGGUAGAUUCGUAAUCUGGGGAACCGGGUUCGCGUCUCCGCUCCUCCACAUGCAGCUGCUGGAUGACCUUGGGCUAGUCACACUUCUUUGAAGUCUCUCAGCCCCACUCACCUCACAGAGUGUUUGUUGUGGGGGAGGAAGGGAAAGGAGAAUGUUAGCCACUUUGAGACUCCUCCAGGUAGUGAUAAAGCCGGAUAUCAAAUCCAAUCUCUUCUCCUCUUCUUCUUAAAUAUUGUAUUGUUUUUCCUGUUUUGUGCACUACAAAUAAAAUACAGUGGUACCUCUGGUUGUGAUGGGAUCUGUUCUGGAGCUCCAGUCGGAUCUCGAGGUUUUCGCAACCGGAGGUGCUUGUUCUGCGCAUGCGUGUGGUGCGGUAGAGUACUUCUGUGCAUGCAUGUGUGGCAAAACCCAGAAAAUUACUUCUGGGUUUGCCGCAUGUGUAUCCCAAAGGAUACAUAACCAGAGGUGCGUGUAAGUAGAGGUACCACUGUAUGUGCAGUGUGCAUAGGAAUUUGUUCAUAUUUUUUUUCAAACUACAGUGGUACCUCAGGUUACAGACUCCGCUAACCCAGAAAUAGUACCUCAGGUUGAGAACUUUGCUUCAGGAUGAUAACAGAAAUCGCACUGUGGCGGCCCGGCAGUGGCAGGAGGCCCCAUUAGCUAAAGUGGUGCUUCAGGUUAAGAACAGUUUCAGGUUAAGAACGGACCUCCAGAACAAAUUAAGUUCUUAACCCGAGAUACCACUGUAUAGUCUGGCACCCAGUAAUGUCUGAGGACCAGUGAACUGGCCCCCUGUUUAAAAAGUUUGAGGACCCCAGUUCUACACCAUAUGAAGCACCAUGUCACAACUUUCCUGUUUCUUUUAAAACAUAUUGGUGAUCUCAUUUGGUUAAGGAAAACAUGUUCAUGAAAUCAUCAGUACAACUGGCAGAUGUCUACUCUUAGGGUGGGUUAAAUAUUUGUUCCCAUCUGUCCUUGCUUUGGUUGGAGAAAAAAUUACUGAAAAAAAGUUGCAUAGAAAAAUUGAAAGCUGGUCACUUGAAAUCAUGUGGGUGUGAAAACUGUUGCUUUGUAAAGAGAGCCAAAAUCUUGGCUAUCAUUAUUUCUCGCAUAAAGCCUCUGUUGCACUGAUGGAACGGGAAGGAAAGUGCUUAGAGUGAUCAGGUAUUUGUGUUUGUCUUUUGAUUAUGCUUAAGGGACUGGAUUGUGUGCUUCAAGCCUAUGCAUGUAAACUAUCGUAGAAACUAUCAUAGAAAUACAGAGCUGGAAGGGAUCCCGAGGAUCAUCUAGUCCAACCCCCUGCAAUGCAGGGAUCUUGUUCUGGGUCGGCUUGAACCACCAACCUCUGGUUUACAGCCACACUCAGUGAUUCAUUGUGUCACAGAGUUAAAGGGGAGCUCUGGUAACUAAGGUAAUCAAAUUUCUCGUUGGUUAGGUGUCCUCUUUUUUACACACACACACCCCCGCGCUAUUUUUAAUUUCUUUCUUGAGACAGAAUAAUUUGCCCUGAUUGCUGUCCAGCAUUUGAAGUAGCCGGGCGCCAGUCACAUUUUGCUUCGAGGAACUGAACCAUGUUCAGCUAUGGUUCACAUCAAUGCAUGUGUGUCCCAAACCAUGAUUAACAACAUCUUUCAUGUAAGAGGAAUGGAAAUUUGUCAUUCUGUGCCCCACUUCUGACCCCUCAACCUUGGUUAAAAGCUAAAGAAAGUUGUUCCUAUGCCAGCUCCAAGUACAGUAUUCAUUUGCAAACAGUAGUCAGUAGUUACCUAUGUUGCCCAUAAAAGUGAGAAAAUUCAGUUUACUGACAUGGUGAAUAAAAUAUACUAUUUCUGGAGAUAUAUGUGUGGGAUUGCACAUUGCUGCUUAAAAGAAACUGCAUGUACUGUCUAUUACUAUAUGUUAAUUUCACAAAGAAUCUUCAUGUAAUUAUGGCAAAUAUUUUAACUUAAAAUAUUAUUAGUUUUUCUAAUUGCUCUUGGGUAAUCCAGUACUGACAGUAGAAACACUCCUACUUUUCUUAGUUUAGUUAUCAUGGAUAUAUUCAAAGAAAAGCCAAGAAAGUUUGCUGCAACAAAGUUUAAGGCUGCUUUAUGGCUGCGAAUCUAAAAAGACAACUAGGAGAACUAAAGUUUUGUUUUCUAACAAAGUCCAUAAAUAUGUCAUAUUGUAGGACUGUUGAAGUCUCUGCUGCAACACUCUGUGCAAUGCUAGACACUUGCAAUGUGAAUGAGUUAGAUACAAUGUUGGAACUAUUUGACUAGCUGAAUGUUGAGUAAUUCAACAGUUCUUGACUGUGGAAAUUUUGUUGCAUUGACGUGUCCUAAUCUCAGUGUAGCUUUUAACUGCACUGCUGUAAAAGAACCUGUAAGUGCUGUUAUUUUCUUUGCUACUUUAAAGUCUGCUGAUCUUCUAAUUGCAUUUUGUAUUUCUGUCCCGACCCUGAAGGAGUUAGGUGUUCUGGAGAUGACUGCUGCAGGGUAAUGUCGCAGCACAGAUGUCAAAUAUCAUGCUAUUGUAGUAUAUAAAGUAAUGACUUUGUGUGCAGAUAAUGAUGAUGGUGAAGUAUUCUUGUGUUUGGUGCUAUUUUUAAGAAAUUAAUUUAAUGUAACUGAGUGGUAGGAGUAGCCAUUUGUGCAAGGGCUUAAUGAGACAGCUGGUGCUCAAUGUCUGCAGAAAUGUCCUUCGCUCGUACAUGUCUUGUUUUGGAAGCAAUAUGUACAUAAUACUGAAAAAGUCUUUACAGUCAGUUUAUGUGUUGAAAAACUGAGGUCUACAGUCUGACCUCAAAUCUUUCAUAACUAAACCGAUUUCCAUUUUAUCCACACAGGCUUGGGGCAGCUGAGCCUUAACUCUAUAAAAAAUUAUAAUAGUGACACAGGUAGUGAAAAAAGUCUACCAUCCCAUCUGUGAUAGGCAUAAGGUUGAGAGAGGAUUUUAAAACCUGCACUGUUGCAACUUGAUUCUGCUCCUUGUAUCACAGGUUUCCCCCUCUUAAUGAAGAAGUGAGGGUGACUACAAUUGAAGAAGAGAAAAAAUGUUCAGUUUCCUUGUAGUUGCAGCUUAUUGCCCCACAUGCUACUGCCCUGGAUGAGAAGAGUGGCUUAGGGGAAGAAGAGUGUUUAAAAAUGGUGGCUUCCUGAAAACUCUUUCCUCCCCUAGCUUAUAGGCAGAAUACUCCUAAAUUCGCAUGAUGGGAAGAUUGAAGUGACAGAUUGUCCAUCAUUUCCAAAGGAUGAUGUUUUCCUUUUUUUGAACAGGUGGAAUCUAUGUCUUCAAUAUCCUUCAGCUGAAACCAAGCAGGUCCAAGGCUGUCCCCAGAACACCCCAUUUCAGGUCCUCCCACCAGCAAACCCACCUGUGCUCACCAAGCUUUCAGUGGGCUUAGUGAGGGCCUCCCUCAGGUGUGUCUUGCUACCAAAACGCAUCUCUGUGAGCAGAGGGGCACCUCUACCCUGUUCAAUGCCCUCUAGAUUAUGCCUCAUUUAUUUGGCAAAUAUAUAGGCAAUAGGCAUGAGCACUAGGCUCUCAGGCAGGCACACACCUAAAUACAAUGUGAACAAAUGCAGUAAAAAUGCAGGCUAAAACAAUGGAAUUGGAAAGCAGCAGGCCAAGAGCAGAUGAUAAAACUCAGCAGAAGGCUGAGAAACAGUGAAAUCAGCUGGUUACCAUACUGGAAUGCCUGGACAAAUAACGAAGUAUUUCACUGAUGUUGGAAUCAUAUUUGGGAACACCCUUCUGAUGACAGAGGGGCUUGUAACUGAGCAUCUGACAAUGACUAAUGCUCAGACAGGAACAUGUGGUUGAAGUCAGCCCCUCUUGUACGUAACAACUUGUGCUUUGAAUUGUGCCUGAAAAUGGACCGGCAACAAAUGUCGCUGUUUAACUACGUGGGAGAAACUUUGUAAAGGGUAGUGCCAGUUCAAAAUGCAGCUGUCUGGCUAUCAACAGGAGCUUCUGUGAAGUCUUCAAAGGCAGCCCAUGUAGUUGACCAAUCUAGUCAACUAGUCAUCUAGAGGUUGCCAUGCCAUGGAUAAUGGUCAACAGGUUUUCUCUCUCUCAGGGGGUGGGGAGUCGCAGCUGAUGCACUAAUCCAUGUGUAGGCAAACUAAGGCCUGGGGGCCGGAUCCGGCUCAAUCAACUUCAAAAUCUGGCCUGCAGACGGUCUGGGAAUCAGUGUGUUUUUGCAUGAGUAGAAUGUGUCCUUUUAUUUAAAAUGCAUCUCUGGGUUAUUUGUGGGGCAUAGGAAUUCGUUCUUUUUCUUUUCUUUUCCAAAAUAUAGUCCAGCCCCUCACAAUGUCUGAGGGACAGUGGACCGGCCCCCUGCUGAAAAAGUUUGCUGACCGCUGCUAAUCAUAGCCAAAUUCUAUUGGAAUUGAAAAAUAGUGUUUUAUGGUCUUCAAAUUUUUGCUUCAGAUAAUAAAAUUUAGUGUUUCAAGUAGAGUUAUAUGGCACUAUGGAGUGUGAUACAGCCUGACUGCUUAUACAAUACCUGCUCCCAUUGCAGACUGCGUGUGUCCUGUCUUGCUAUGGCACGAAUAAGGUAGGGUUGGCCAUUGUGAGCUUGGCAUUGGUAACGUCAAGACUGGACUGCUGCAAUGUGCUCUAUGUGGGGCUUCCCUUGGGCUUUACCUAGAAGUUCCAGCUGGUAUAGAAUGCAACAGCUAGUUUGUUGAUCCUAUCAACACCAAAUAACAGCUUUGCUGGAAAGACUGCACUGGUUGUAGUGCCUCUCUGUUUGUGGAAUGCUCUCCCCUGGGAGGUUCGCCUGGUGCCUGCAUUAUACACCUUUAGGCACCAGGCAAAAGUGUUCCUCCCUAACCAAGCCUUUGGCUGAUUGACACCCAGUGCCCUUUCGCUGUGUUCCUCAGAUGGGGUACUGCUGGGAGCAACUAUAUUCCCCUUAGGUGCACUUAGCCUGUCCUGGAAACUGGAUUUUCAGUGUUGUAGCUCCAGCCUUCUGGUAUUAAUUACCAGCCAAAACUACAAAGGUGCCUAGCAAGAUGAUGCUUAGGUGUCUACUGAAGACGUUUUUGUUCAGGAAGGCUUUCACCGAGGUCUCUCUACUAACAAACUACUUUUCUAUGAGUGGAGAGUGUAUGUUGGCUUGUUCUUGGGGAUAAUUCAACAUGUAGCUGCCAGCCCCCAAACACCUACAUUCUGCGGUGAUUCAGUUGAUUGUAAAAAUGGGCCCAGUGUUGGAGUAGGCAAGAUGAAGCUUUUUUGAAACUUCUGAUAGCUGAGGCAUUAUUUUUCUCAUGUAAAAAUCAUUCUGUGAUGGUACAAACUCCAUGCUGUCUGGGGGCACCCACCCGCUGUGCUUCUGUGUGCAUUCCUGACACCUCCUUGGGGUGGCUUAUUUUGCUGGGCUUCUGUAUCAAGAGUGAAUUAUUUAGUUUCACUCAAUGGCAGAGACAUAACAGAAUUACAGGCUCCUAGCAAUGGUUGAUUAGAAGGGGACAAGGCUAGAGCAGUGGAUGAAGCAGUGAAAGCAGCAAACAGCCAUUUAUGAAGGCAAACAUUUUUUUGUGUUCAGCUGAGUCUUAAAUUUAUUUUUAAGUCUCAUGUCAUGACCACUAUUAGUGGGUCUUGGCAAAGAUGUUUACUGUUUACAAAGUUUACUGCAGAUUCCUAGUUAAUAAAGUGAGGGUUGCUGGAAUAGUAGCAGAGAUAAGGCAUUUGAAAGGAGGUUCAGUCAGUGCAGUAGGGAAGGAUGAAGUGAUAUAGCUUCAUUUCAAAUUAGGACAGACUCAGUUUAACCUGUGGCCUAUUCAUUAUCUUCAUAACCACACUUGCUACCUUUAAAAGAACAAAAAUAAUGAAUUCUAUGCUCUGUAUCCAUUGUUGGAAGCAGUAUGAUUCCGAAUACCAACUCACCCUUACCAGAUGACUUUGCAAAAUAUAUGAUGAAUAAACCAGUGAUCUCAAGCCCAUAGUGGAUUGGGGCAGGAAGUCUGAAAGCUUUUCUAGUAGGUCCCAUGAAGAUACAUGAAGGCUAACAUUUCCUGUAAGUAGAAUAAGAAUUUUGCUUGAAAAAAUGUGUCACUUUCCAAAUGGCAAAAUCAAGGAAAAGUCUGGGAACAUUUUUCUCUUGGAGGUAAAAUUGCUGAUGAUCUUAAACUGAGUCAGAUAACCACAGAACGAUGAAGCCAAAGGACCAUUUUGUAGCCUAAAAAACCGCCCUUAAGAUAGUUUUGGGAAAUGAAGUUUGCAUAUGUAUCAGAAGGAUAUAUUCAAUCACACCAUUAUUAUGAUAGAAGUGUUUGGUUGUUUAACAGAAGCCAUUAUUAAUUUUGUCUGGCUUAUCUUUGCUUUAGAGUAUGUGAGAUUCUUUGGCAAGAAGUGAAGUGGUUAUCUUAGUCAUAAGUAGGUGCCAUUUUUUUGUCUUGCAUUUUGUGGGAAUUGUACUAAUAAAAUGCCCAUAACAGGCCAUCAGGGGAUGCUGGUUUAAAACUGGGGACAUCAAAGAGCUGAGUCUUGUACAAAACUGGUGAGCUGUCUGGGUCUUUGUGUGCUUAGAGAUAGAGUAGGUCUCAUAAGAAGAAUCAGCCUCAACUGAGAGCCUGAUAAAAGAUCCUUUGGGUACUGGAUCUGUCCCUUGAGCUGCUAGGUUUACAAUGCAUAUUGGUUUACAGUGCUAUUGCAUCUGUGUAAUCUGCCAAAGUAUUCAGUUUGUUAGAUGAUGGCUGCCAGCCUUAUUCUUUGAGGAAAGGGAUACUUGCUUCUCCACUGUGAAGUGUGUUUGGAGGUUGAAGUGACUGGUUAAACAAUGCUGUGUUCUUUCGCUGUUCUUAUAUGUCAAUAAGCAGAACGCUGUUGUCAAAAGGAUGUUCUCCCAUGGUCAAGAAAGCAAACUUAUGCUGCGAUGGUUUCCCCAGAAACUCAAUGGAUUGUUUCUAUGUUGCUAUUGUUAGCCUAGUCUGUGCUUGAGGUUUAAAUGGACUGAGCUUUCUUGUUCCUGGUCAUUCUACUCAGAUAUGAAUAUUUUACAGCCUUCAGUUAACAUGGUAAUACAUACAAUUUCUGACUUACAUGCCUUAAUCAGAUUUUGUUGUGGAACAGAUUUUUUUUGUCAUGAAUACUUAUGCCUUAGCAGCAUUUUGAGUGGACUAGGAAUGUUUUGAACAGAAAACAUUUUUGUUAAAUAUUUGAAAGUGGGUUUAAGGCCUGCUGCUGCAUUCCCUUCCCCAAAAUUUGGAAUUUGUCUACACGACCCCUAAAUCUGCUCUGUUUUCCUUCACCCCCCCUUAAACUUGUUAUAAUAAAUACUUUUUAAAGUCCUUGCACUAGCAGAACUGAUUUGUUAGAUGCAGCCCAUAGAGAUUGGAAGCUGGGUGUUGUUUUUUUGUCUCAUAUUUAUCUCCUAGUUUGGUACAUAAUGAUGCAUUUUGUUUCUUGCAUCUUGAUUCACCACAUCUGGACUCUAGUCAGUGACUUGAAGAUACACCUGGUGUUAGUUGCUUCAGUAUGCAUGUAGAUAGUAAUUUAUAAUUUUAUCUGACUCUUCCCUACGCCCAAAACACUAUUCCUAGUGGAAAGGCCUUAAUACUCUGACAGGUCUUCAGAGAUAGGUGUUUGUCAAUUGCGAAGGAGCUAUUGUUAGUACAUCUCUACAGUGCUUUUAGCACUUUGCAUAGGGGUAGUUUUGUUAAGAGGUUCUGCUGAGACUGUUUUAGGAUUGUGGGAGGGUUGGUCUUUACCUACCUGCAGUUAUGUAAGUCAUGCAAGUUGGAAGGCAGCCCCCAUAGUUUGUUGUUUUAGAACCAUAAAGCCCCUCUCAAAAUACAAGCGCACAUUCUAAUAUUUUUGGAAUUCUAAACCUCAUAUUUGGCCAUCCAUUUUUUUACCUGAAGAAACUACAGGUUUCCUGUGUACCCUUUUCAGAAGAAGGUAGAUGUUCCUGCAUGGUGACAGAAAAUAUACCGUAUUUUUUGCACCAUAACACUCACUUUUUUCCUCCUAAAAAGUAAGGGGAAAUGUCUGUGCGUGUUAUGGAGGGAAUGCCUACGGGUGGCAUGCCUACGGAUUUUCCUCCUCUAAAAACUACGUGCGUGUUAUGGUCGGGUGCGUGUUAUAGAGCGAAAAAUACGGUAAUUGGAAGUAAGAGUUAAAUUCACUAACUUCUUAAUACAUUGCCAUUUAAAUAAAAAAUUGGUUAUGAUGCAUUCCAGAAAUGACAAAAAUAGCAGGGGAAAGAAUUCUGACAACCACUUAUGUAGCUGGAAAAAAAGCUGUUUUUUAGUAGUCUGUUGGAUGAGUUUGUUUCAGACAUUUCCACAAGAAGGAAAUCACUGGUGUGUAACCCAGUAGAAAGAAUUGAAGGUUUACAACCCGCCCCUGUCAUGGGCCAUCACAGAAAAAUAAAUUUUGUGAUUCAUCAUGUCUACAUUUUUAGGAUAUUAAAACUUGCCUUCAUGUGUUUUCCAGAUGUUUGCCUGUUUUGUAAUUCUAACUGAGUGUACUUUUCAUUUAAUUCUAGGCCCUCCCUUAAUUUUGCUGACUCAGAUUACAGAUUUCCAAGACGGAGGAAAGAGAAGCAUAAGCACCAGAGGAAAAUAUCCUGCAGACUGCCCAUGAAAACUACUAUUGCGCAGAUAUUUAUGGCUCUUAUGGGGGUGCGCAGAUAGUGAGAAAAAAUAUUUUUAAAAUGCCCCCACGGCUAUAAAUUGCAAGAUUCUUUUGCUUUAUAUUUAUCAGAAUUCAAUACGUUUUCAACUUGUCUUUGGAAUACAGAAGCAUAGCAAAUUCAUUACACCUCCAAAAACGUAUGUUUAGACAAAUUGCCCUGAAAGUAAUGGGGGCUGUGUCUGACCGUUUAGACUGUAAAUGCUUGCAAUAAUGGAAGUUGUAGCAAUACUGGGAUUUGCGAUCUCUGCAGUAUUGCUUGAGCAAGACAACAGUUGCAAGUUUCCCCCCUUAUUUGCCUCACACAAAUGGAUGUAUCAGUAGAAAUAGUUUUGGUUCAGCUUACAAACAAUUGCUCCUUUCAGAAAAUACUAGCAAGACAUGACCAAAAACAUCAGCUGUUUUAGUUGGAAUACAACUUAAGUGCCGUAAGAAUGCCUAGAAGAGGCAUAAUAUUUCAAGCCAGAACUCGGUGGCUGUUGGUCGGUCUUGCCUUGCUGUUGAGUUUGUUGCUGUUUAUGUACCUCCUUGAAUGUGCUCCACAAACGGAUGGCAAUGGAUCACUUCCUGGCAUUGUAGGGGAGAAUUUUGGCAAGGAACACUACCAAGCCCUCCUGCAGGAGCAAGAAGAACAUUACCAAACCAGAGCUAUGAGCCUCAAGCGCCAAAUUGCUCAGUUAAAGCAGGAGCUUCAGGAAAUGAGUGACAAGUUAAAAUUGUUACAGGAGAAGAAAACCCCAAGAGUCAACAGCAUGGGCUAUCAAGGCACCAAAGAACAAGCACCCAAUGAUCUCCUGGAAUACCUGCAUUCUCAAAUAGACAAAGCUGAAGUGAGCAUGGGGGCCAAGCUGCCUAGUGAAUAUGGAGUCGUUCCUUUUGAAAGCUUUACUUCCAUGAAGGUGUUCCAGCUGGAAAUGGGGCUAACGCGACACCCAGAGGAGAAACCUGUCAGGAAAGAUAAGCGAGAUGAAUUGGUGGAAGUAAUUGAGGCUGGCCUCGAAGUAAUCAAUAAUCCAGAUGAAGAAGAUGGUCAAGAUGAAGAUGACGGAAUAGGGGAGAGACAGCUUUACAAUGAAAACGAUUUUAUAGAAGGUACUUUAUGCAUUUUUUAAUUCUAGUUCAUAAUAUGGUAGUCUACACCAAAUGGCAGAAUUUCUGAGACAGAAGACCGGCUUUCCCCAACCAGGUAGUCUGUAGAUUCUUUGGACUACAAUUUCUUUCUGCAUACGACCAGGGAUGGCAGGAGUUGUAGUCUGAAACAUCUGGAGGGUGUAGACGGUUGCAGUAGGUCAUUAAAUAACAGGUUUGGGGGAUGGCACCAUAAAAACCAGGGGGAAUUGUCCAGCAGCUGGUGGGUUGCAUCUUCUCUGGUGUGCAGGGCUGCCAGUUAUUGCAUAUGUAUAUAAUAUAUUGCUUACUCAUUCAGUAUUUUGGCAUCUGAUUUAUAGGAGGCCACUUCAUACCAUGUCAGAGCAUUGAUCCAUCUAGCUUAGCACUGUGUGCUCCAGAAGUGGGGGAACCUUUUUCAGCCAGGGGGAAACAAUCCCUUCUUGGCAACCUAAUGAUCUGUAGGAUGAAAGGGAAGACGUUCACACACAAAAAGCCCAUACAGUGUCCUUGGCCACCUUGCAACGAUGAGACAAACUCAAAACCCUGCCCAUAGCAAACUUCUAAAGGAAUUAUCAAGUGCCCUGGGAAUGAAGCAGGAAAAAAAAAGAAGUAUUUUCUCAGAGGAAGAAAACCUUUGAGAAAUUGGGAGGACAGGUUUCAGCAUAGAACUAAAACCAGGUAAAUAUUGAAGUAAUGUACAGGGGUUAAAUAUCCCCCUCACCCCCAUAGACAGCAGCUCCAUACUCUUGCCUUCUUCCCCAACCCCUGCCCACUUUCCACCAGUCCAGUAACAGAUGGCAUAUUUUUUAAAUCGCAAGUUGGCAGUAGUACUUCAGUAUGUCUCAGGCUGUGGUAUAGUCCUGUAAUGGGGUAAUAAGUUACAUGCAGUACUCAGCAUUUUUAGAGUAGUCUGGUGGAACACAUAUUAGCGAUCCCAGACUGGGUGUACUUGAAACUUCUCAGCUGAGUUUUCAAACCAGUACACCGUGUGCCCUAAAACGUAGAAAACUGCUGUGACCACCCUUGACUGGCGCACGAAUAUAUUCACUUGUUUAGGAAUCUUUGCAGUUCAUUAUUCUUAGGCUCUAAGAAACUUAACAAUGAUGGUUUCACUUCAUUGCUAAUUCUUCAAGCAGAAAAAAGGUUUUUCUUUUUCUUUUGGAUGCUGUGUCAUUGUUUCCAAAAUGUGGUCAAAAAUAUGGCAAUGAUUUCUGAGACUUAUUGAAAAUGUUCAUGUCUAAGAUUGCCUUGAGACUGUCAUUUUCAAGAAAUUGCACCACAGUGGUAAGUACUGCUCUUUUUUUAUGCACCUGCUUUGUCUCUGUCAUCAUGUGUACUUGCGCAGUUUUGUGAAUUGCUAUCUCAAUCUUCAGGUCUUGAUAAUUUGUUUGCUCCAUGAAGGCGCCCAUGUUGGCAUAUUGUUGAAUUAUACAUAAUGUAUGUGAAGUGCUUUGAAUACCUACAAAGCACUCUGUAAAUACCAAGACUUUUACAUAUGCAUUUCCCUUAGGAGCAAUGCCUUCAGAACAAAGUGAGCAUGUUCUCUUCAUGGCCACGUCUCUUCACUGCUGGGUUAUAGUUGCUGUUGAAUCAUUCUGCAACACUUAAAAGAAAAUCAGUCUGGGCAGUAAAUCAUUAGAGUAGGUUAGUAGCUGGCCUCAGUAAUGCUGCAUCGCCUCUUUUCGGUACGUUUCUUCUUUUUUUUAAGGCAGUUAGUCUGCAGUUUAUAAGAUGAGGAAAUAGCAUUGACUAAACUUUUUCUGGCAAGCCAACAGAAGACUUUUUUUGGUCAGAACUGAGCAACUAUGGCAACCAAUGACUAAAUCUUCCCCUCUUAAUAUUUUGUUCCCUUUGGUGGUUUCAGUAUCUUGUAUUUCUGCUCACUUCAUAAAAAUUGUUGCCUGGUUAGGUUGCAUCAACAAAUGAAGUAGUUUUCCAGACAAAUUCAACUGCUUCACUCGAUAUUCUUGCCUUGUUACUUUUUUUUUUUAAAAAAAAGAAUUUUAAAUAAGAGUUGUUCAGCACUGGAACAACUAUAAUUCUAUGAUUCUAUACUUAAAAGCACUUUUAGGGGUUAAUCACAAAUGUUUAACUCUUAAGAACUGUGCACAUUACAAACACACAUCACAACGGCAAGUAACAGUAACCUAAAGCAUAUUUUUUUAAAAAAUCGAAAUUGGCAUCUUUAUCAGAAUAUUUAGGUUUUCAGAUUUUCAGUAAGCAGGCAGUUGCAGUUGUUAAAACACCCAUGCACAAUUAAAAUUAUUAUCACUUAACUGUGACUCUGUCUAAUGAUAUGGAGAAACCGAAUUCAGGUUAAACCAUGAGAUCUCAACAGAAUUUGGGUUUGAAGUUCUUUGGGAGUUGUAACUGUAAAUGCAGUGUUGCCAGUAUGUAUAGCACAAUAGCAGCAGGUAGGCUAACCUGUGUCCACUCAAACAACUCAACAAGAAAAACAAAACACCUCUGAGAAUUUGGCUAGAUGUACCCAGACUCCAGUCAAGAACUAAUUGCUAUGGAUUUUCCCCAUCACCACCAGCAGAAUGCAAUAUUUCUGAUUUUUAAACUUAUAAGCAGGUUUUAGUUGCGUUGUCAAAUAAUUUGUUUCACUCAGCCACAGAAUAGUUGUUUCUAAUUUGGCCAUUACAACUCCUGAAAUUCCCAGCCAUUUCACAAUAAUGGCUUGUGGCAUUCUUUAAGUCAUACGAUAAAGACAGAAAAUUGCGGAGUUCACUCUAUGCCCAUCCAAAAAUGCCUCAUUUAUUUUUUUUAAAAAGCAAAACAAAACACUGAAGAAAUGAGAAUAAUCAGCAAGGGGGAGGAGGACAGGAAUCAUUUGAGCAGUGGAAAGGCCUCAGUAAUUCCAGUAGUACAGACAGAAUGUGCGGCAAAACAUAGACUGCCACUUGAGCAGGCGAGCAAACAUUGGGAUGAGGUAUUUGUGCUUUUCCCUGUUAGCUACCAAACCAGAUAAAAUGAGUGCAAUGUAUGAUGGAAAUAAUCAUAGAUAGGGAAGCUGUUGGUUUUUCCAAAACUCAUUUCCCUGUGUAGUUGUAUCCUUCAUGGAAAAAUAGCCUAGGGAUUAGUCAGUGAACCACUCUGUUGCAAAGAGUGUUGGGUGAUGUUUUUGUUUUUCCCCAGAAAUGUUUGCAAUCUCUCUGGCAAAUUUGUUUAUAAACUCUUGGGUUUAAAAUAUUUUAAGAGUUCAUUGCUCACUUGGACCCAUUCAGUUUUAACAGCCAUUUAGCAUUGCCAUUUCCCCUGAUGAAUACUCUUGAUUACCAAGACUACCAUAUACUUGGUGUGGGUUAAAAAAUGAUAUACAGUGGUGCCCCGCAAGACGAAUGCCUCGCAAGACGAAAAACCCGCUAGACGAAAGGGUUUUCCGUUUUUCGAUGCGCUUUGCAAGACGAAUUUCCCUAUGGGCUUGCUUCGCUAGACGAAAAAGUCUUGCGAGUCUUGCGAUUUUUUUUGCUUUCCCCCCCCUUUUCUAAACCGCUAAGCCGCUAAUAGCCUUUUAGCCGCUAAGCCGCUAAGCCUUUAAUAGCCGCUAAACCGCUAAUAGCACUAAUCCGCUAAGCCGCUAAUAGGGUUGCUUCGCAAGAUGAAAAAACCACUAGACGAAGAGACUCGUGGAAUGGAUUAUUUUCGUCUUGCGAGGCACCACUGUACCAGUUGAUAAGUUUGCAGCUUGCCUGGUUGAAGCCGGAAACCAUUACAUCCAGAAAAUGUAUCAGUUUUAUUUUAUUUGCUGAUUCAGCCAUUCUGUCAUAACAAGUUUACUGUACAAGGAGUUUGAUAUAAAUAUUGCAGUUGUUAAUCUUGAGAAAUAAACAUGGAAAUAAAUGGACUGCUGAUAGUUUUCAAUGCAUACCAGUAGUCUUUUGCCUGCUUUUAAAUUUCCAAUGUGUUUUGAGCAGGGCCGCCUUUACCCGGGGGUGCAAGGGGUGUGGGGCACUCGGGCGCUGAAUUCUGGGGGGUGCCAGGCUCCCACCACUGAAGCCGCCUAUAUAAUAAUAAUAAUAAUAAUAAUAAUAAUAAUAAAUAAUUUAUUUAUUUAUUAUUUAUACCCCGCCCAUCUGGCUGAGUUUCCCCAGCAACUCUGGGCAGCUUCCAAUCAAGUGUUAAAAACAAUACAGCAUUAAAUAUUAAAAACUUCCCUAAACAGGGCUGCCUUCAGAUGUCUUUUAAAAAGAAGAUAACUGCUUAUUUCCUUCACAUCUGAAGGGAGGGCGUUCCACAGGGCGGGCACCACUACCGAGAAGGCCUUCUGUCUGGUUCCCUGUAACCUCACUUCUCGCAAUGAGGGAACCGCCAGAAGGCCCUCGGUGCUGGAUCUCAGUGUCCGGGCUGAACGAUGGGGGUGGAGACGCUCCUUCAGGUAUAUAGGACCUAAGUGUAUUGUAUUGAGCUGCUAUGUGGCAGCAGGGUCAGUGACACCUUUGACACGACUGAUCUCGCGCCGCCUGCCUGGCAGCAGCAGGCAGACAGACAGGCGGCGUGAGAUCAGUCAUGUCAAACUCGUAUAUGCGCGCUUGCAAGUGCCCUUCCAGCUCCUCUAGAAAUAAGGGUGCUCCCACAAUGAAAGGCUGCCCGAGAUGGCUCUCCCACACAUGCGCACAAUGCCCGCCCGUCUCAUCUUUCAGACACCUUCCUACGACCGUAAGUACAUGCACAUUGAUAGCAUUGUACAUAUUCUACAGGAAACUGGAUAUACACAUUUAAAAUUUGUCCAUUCAGAUUAUGUAGAAAAAUUAAUAUUCCUUAAAUGUCAGUGAAUGAAUUAGCAUAGUAUAUUGCAGCAGAACUGAGCAUACAUUGUGGAGGUAAAUUGUGGCCAUUUUUAAUUAGGCGGUCUUGGCAGUUGCACAAGUUAUUUGUGUUUGGGGCGGGCUGAUAAGUUUCUAAGAAACAUUAGGAGCAGAAACAAAGUCUUCAUACUGUUAGAAUAGCUAAUUUGAGUCUGUUAGUGAAAGGAACACAUAACGGACUCUUAAGAUGAACCCUGGUUCAGGUGAUGUCAGCAAAUCAUCAGCUUUGCCAAACUGCAAGCUCAGACAUAAGAGAUGGGAUGUAGUUUUGAAUGAUAGUUUGCAACAUAGCAGUUUCUGGAUUUUUCUUCACAAAUGCCAUUUCAGCAUAAAAGCAAGAGAUAGAAAUCCAGAAGUUAUUUUUUCAGAAACGUCUGUUAAGAGGUCUGAAUGCAGCCUAUUUUCAGACUCUUAAAUUAUUUUUGGUAGGGGCAUGGUGACCUAGUCCUCAGUGGACUGAGUAGCUGAGCAGAGCUUUGACAUCAUUAGUCUUGACGGGAUCUGUAGAAAUCCACGUAGGACUGGUGAUUAAUUCUCUAGCAGCUAUGCAUGAUAACUCUGUUUGCUCAUAGAGAAUUAUAAUCUUCUGACAAUCUCUGCAAACUCUGGGUGUUUCUCCCCACCUUCAACCCUAUGCUAUGCAUAUUUACUUGACAGCUGUGCGUUGGACUUUUGUGGGACUUAGUCCAGGGGAUACUUGUAUAGUAUUGCAGCCUUCAGGUAUCUUAACACUUUCAAACUACCAGUACAGAAAGACAGGUGUUGUCUUUAUUCUUAUUCCUUUUGGGUUUUUAAUCAUUAAUGUUGUACAGUCAUACCUUGGGUUAAAUAUGCUUCAGGUUGAGCGCUUUCGGGUUGCGCUCUGGGGCGACCCGGAAGUAACGGAAUGUGUUACUUCCGGGUUUCGCCGCUCGCACAUGCGCAGACGGUCAAAAUGACGUCACGCGCAUGCGUGGAUUGUGUUUGCUUCAGGAUGCAAACGGGGAUCCGGAACGGAUCCCGUUCGUAUCCAGAGGUACCACUGUAUAGUGUUGGCCGCAUUAUUGUUAUAUGUUUGCUAUUAACUAGAAAUUGUGUGUGUGUGGAGGGGUGCUAAGUGGAAUGUAAGUUGAGCAGUAGGCCUGGGCGAUACAUUGAUACAUUGCCUGGAAACCUGUUUAAAGUUAAGAUCGCAAGAACGAUUCCAGAAUUUUGGAGCAGGAAUCCCCGUGUUUGCAUUUGCAGUGUCACACGGUGCCCUGGCUGAAGUGCUCCACUCAGAACAACGCUACCUGCCUGGCCUUGUUGCCAGGAAGCAGCAGGAGCUAUGCACAGUGAUGCUGAUCAUCUGCAUGGCUGGCAACUGCCUCCUACUUCCCUGCCUCCUUUCCAACAUCAUAAUAUAUCGGGAUAUCACAAGUUUUAGCUGGCGAUAUAUUAUGAUAUAUUUCAAAAGCAAAUUUUCCUAGCCCUGUCAAACAGCUAAUGUGCAUGACAGCUAGUCAUUGCGCACAUUCACUUGGCUUCAUGGGGAAUGUGCAUAUAAUGCUUCCAUGAAGAAGGAAUAGUGCACAUUUCCUGGUCAAUAUGCAUAAUCUUCAACAGGCCUUGGAGAAUGUGUGCAUAUUGACUGCUUGCGUGUUUCCCACAGGCAUUUGGUUGGUCACUGUGAGAACAGGAUGCUGGACUGAAUGGGCCAUUGACCUGACCUAGCAUUAUUCUUAUUAGGUUUUUUUUCCCCUUUCUUGCUUUUAUUGUGUAUUUUGUGUUUUUAUCUUGUAUUUUUAAUUUGUGAACUGCGCUGAACUCUGUGGAUGUAGGGUGGUAUACAGUAAAUAAAUAAAAUAAAACAAAACCUUUUUUCUUCCAGUAGUUCUCUGGAAAAUAUUUGGCAAAACUGGCACCCUAGCUUCACCGCUGAUAAAUACGAUAUAGAUUUUAGAGAGGCUGUUUUUGCACAGCUCUAUGAAAAACUGUUCCCUUAAGCUUACCCUUUUGAUCCUUUCCAGUUAAGCAAAUAUUUAACUCAAAAUUUUCACUUUGAGCAGCAUUUAUAAAAAUUUCUGCAAAUGACAAUAGUGUUUGUUUUAAUUAGAUCUACCACAGUUCAUUUUCUAUCAAGGAAACUGAUGGAGAGAAAAUUAUUUACCUCCUGCAAUGGGCAUUUUUUGAGUCCAGCUAUGGAAAUAGUUUGCUACUAUUUGGUUUCUGUAAUGCAUAUUUGCUCUUUGGAGACAAUACAAGUUUAUUGUCAGUGUUUGCCAAAUUUGUCAUCCUUUAGUGCAGGACUUCUAAAUGCUCGCAGAUUACAUUAAGGAUACGGGAACUAUUUCGAGGAAAAAAAUGAUAAUGCUUUCUAGUACUUGUUCCUUUGCACCUUCUGCUUCUCCCUCUCCCCCAAAAACCCUGGUUGAAUUAUGUACACUUAGCCUUUGAUAAGCCUAAAGAAGUAGCAUCUUUUUUCUUUUUCAAAGAGAAAUUGGGAAUGGUCGUUUCAAUUGCUAAAUCAAAGAUUACCAAUGGAUACUUUUAUAAAAACUGUAUUUGGUAGUAAUUAUAAUGAAAGCUUUCUUGAGAGCCUGAUGUUGCCAAGAAGCAGGUUAGACUUAAAUGAGUACAAAUUUGUUCUAUGAAAGUCAGCCAGCUGAUUUUAAAGUAUUGAUCUUCUUGAAGAAGGAUCAGUCGCAGCUUAACACUGUCAAGCCAAGUCAUCUGCUGCUUAGUGUAGGACUUGACCUACUAAGCAUCUUAAUCUGUCAAUAAAAUUCUACAAUAGAUAAUGAAGGCAGGAGUCUGAUUUUCAUUUUGAAUAUUGGUUACUGCAGUCUCUCUCUCUCUCUGCCCCCUCUCCCUGCAAGAGUGCAAUUUACAACUUGGCUAGCAUUUUGAGAAUAGGAGACACACUUGGGUUGGUGCUUUUGUUGCAGAAAUGGUUAAGGAACUGCAUUGUAAAAUCAGAUCAUUGUUCCAUCUGCUGUGACUCGCAGCAGCUUGUCUAGCAUUUGGCUAAGGUCUUUUCCUCAUCUUGGUACUUGAAAUAGUUUAAGUGGAAUUAAUAGGGGUUGAAUCUGGGUUUUAUAUAUGAGAAGAUUGUGCUCUGGAGUUCCUUUCACAUUUUCAAUCUUGACAGCUGAGUUUGUUUUUCUACAUAAUAAUGUACCUGGCUGAGCACCAUCCUGAAUAUUGACACUCUCCUCACAAUGUAUAGUAAUUCCUGAAGCAGUGGAAUUUGUCACCGAGUUUAAAGUCUGUGACUGAAUCAGUUCCUCCUGUAAAUUGUUCCUAAGGUUAUUACCGUACUGAGAGAGACAAAGGGACACAAUAUGAACUGUUCUACAAGAAGGCAGAUGAUAUGGAGUACAGGCAUGUCACACUGUUUCGUCCAUUUGGGCCCCUUAUGAAAGUGAAGAGUGAAACUGUUGACAUCUCCAGGUCAAUAAUAAACAUUAUUGUUCCCCUUGCUGGAAGGACGGAGGUUUUUGCACAGUUCAUGCAAAACUUCAGGUAAGUGCUUCAGAAACUAGGCCCUAUACCAAUCCUAUGUAGUCAUUUUCUACAGUAGAAGGCAAAUACAGUGAAUCUUCCAAUCAGCUAUAACGCUUAGUGGUAUUGUACAACACUGGUAGUUCCAAUUUGGAGAAGCAUCUUCUCAGUUUAAAAUCCGAGAUGCUUUUUUGCCUCUGAAAUAUAGGCUAGUGUGCAAAAUGUGACCAUAGAUUGCUGGAGCAUUUGGUACCUGAUGUGCUAUGGAUUAAACACUAGGCACAUCUCAAGAAGCACUAAUGGGAAGAAGGCACAAAGGAUGAAUGAACUGCACCCGUUUGUCAUUCAUUUAUAAUGGACAUCACACCUAUAAGCCUGGUAUUCCCGACAGUGCAGUGACUAAUAAUAAUAAUAAUAAUAAUAAUAAAUUUAUUAUUUGUACCCCGCCCAUCUGGCUGGGUUUCCCCAGCCACUCUGGGCGGCUUCCAUAGAAACCAAAAAUACACUAAAAUAUCACAGAUUAAAAACUUCCCUGAACAGGGCUGCCUUAAGAUGUCUUCUGAAUGUGAUUAGUGAUUACUUAGUGAUUAAUUUGGUCAGAUUGGUUUCUAGGAUGCAAUAGGCAAAUGUAUUUGUAAAUAGAACAAAUCCAGUAUGCGAUAUUUGCUAUUUUAAAUUACAAAACCCCUUGUUAAGCUAUUGCAAUACCAAAUACUUGUUUUGCUUCUCCAGGGAAGUGUGCAUUAACCAGGACAAGCGGAUUCACCUCACAGUUGUAUAUUUUGGACAUGAGGGGCUUUCUGACGUCAAGAGCAUCUUAGAAUCAGUUGCUAGGUGAGUUGAAAAAGUUCAAACUUUUGAUUAGGUAAAAAACAAAGCAGCAAUUAGCUGUUUAAAUUUGUCUUAAUGAGGUGCUGGUAUAAUGCUUCCCCCAGAUAAGGCACAGGGUUUUGAUGACUGGCUGGGGUGAGUAGAAAACCUUCAGAGAAGCCCAUGCAAUGUUAUCACUUUGCAUUUUAGUGAGUGAGUAGCAAAGUUUUAAUUUCUCUGAAUUUAUUUUUUAGCAAAAUCAAUAUUCUACUGUUCCUUUAUAAGAAAACACAUUGCAACAAACCACAACAAACACAAAUCAAUGCAAAAACCUCACAUAAGAAUAAACAGCCUUUGUUUAAAAAAGCAACAAGAAGAGGGGAAAAAGACCCCAAACUCAGCAGCAGCAGAAAUAAUAAAAUCGGCCAUUACCAAAAGCUUCCCAAAACAGCUGUUUCUUUAUUUCAUAUAGCUGUAUGCUCCUUAAUACCAGAGCAGUCUCUAAGCAGUUUCUAAAAAGAUGUCACUGCUGGUAGUGUUGAGGCCAGGUUGGCAUUUCUGGGGGAAACAGUUCAUAAUGACUGUAUUGGGGACAUCUUUGUUCUCUAUAUUCGCUGAAUUCAUGUAACUAUUAGAUAGCUUUUUUGAACAAAAAUCUGUGGUAGCUCUAAGAUUUGCUGAUGUGGCAAUUUUUUCUAAAGCAUAAAAAUAUCCUAUGCCAGUAGGAGAUUUUAAAUGACAAAAUAGAGGAUGCUGAUAAGCACUCAGAGACUUCCAUAUGUGAUUAUGGUUCUGUGUUCAAAAUACAUCUACAUUGGUAAACUGUUGGUUUUUUUUUUUUUUUUUGGUUAGGGAGCAGUAAUUUACAGCAAACUUAGUGCAGGCAAGGUGUUUCAAGUUUUUCUUGAAACUAUUUAAUUUAGUGGUAGAAGUGAAAUCUUGCUACCAUCUUGAUCCUAUAUAUUUCUGUUUCAUAUCUGGGAGAAACUCUUUUUACCUGGAGCAGAAUAUAGAAACUAAAGACAAAAAUGUAUUGACUUGCAAAGAAGGCAUCAAGAGUUCUAGAGUUCAAGUGUCACUACAGAUAACACUCUAAUUUGUCACCUAGUUGCCCUUGCUUCUGACAGAAUCCAACAGAAACAUAUCACAAUUGGCAUCAUCCAUAAGUGCAAAACCUGUUCCAUAAAGAGAUUGAGCCCAGGCUGUAUAUGAAACACAGUUUGCCAAGCUGAAGCUGACGUGUCAUGAACUAAACAUUUUAACAUCACUCUUUUCCUAUGUCCCCACCCCUCUUUUUUUUUCUUAGGGAGGCUAACUUUCAUAAUUACACCCUGGUUUCUUUGAAUGAGGAAUUCAAUCGUGGUCGGGGACUAGAUGUGGGUGCCAGAGCCUGGGAAAAAGGCGAGGUCUUGAUGUUCUUCUGCGAUGUUGAUAUUUAUUUCACAGCCGAGUUCUUAAAUAGCUGCCGCUUGAAUGCUGAGCCAGGUAUGUUCACACUAGGUUCCUAAAGUCAGCAGAGGCAGCCAAGGCUUCUGGAAAGUGGGAGGGUUGCAAGUCCCACCAGCUCUACUCAAUACUGCUUCUCAGUGCUCUUCCCAUAGAAGUCUUUGCUAUCAUCCAUGAUAGUUAAAUGGAAUGAAAUGCCUCAGAGGCAGGAUUCCUCCACAUACCAGAUCCUGGGAACAAAUAGGAAUAUUGUCUCUAUGCAUCACAUGCAUAGUUCCCACUGGCCACCAUGAAAAGCAUAACACUGGGAUAGGUGUGGGCAGAUAAUUUGUUAGGGACUGGAAACUUGAGUAUAAAACAAAGAUGGGAACUGAGCUUCAAACAGUGGAGUGGCAUAGGCCACCUGGUAGAGCAUUCAGCGCUGCAUGCAGAAGACCCCCAAAGUCAACUCACAGCAUCUUUCAUUAGCACUGGAAUGUCUCCUGUCCGAAACCAGAAAGCUGCUGCCACUCACAUAAACAGUUAUGAGCUAGAUGGACCAAUGUUCUCACUUGGAUUAAGCAGUUUUCUAUGUUCCUGUCACCUAUCUUCUCUUGCCCAGCACCCCCACAGGCAGGGGACAACCCCACUGUACAUUUUUAAACUGGCACAGGUACCUCUUCAUUAGAUCCUACAUAAUAAAACAAUUAAAUCUUUGUCUCCCCAAGAUGUGACACUCUAAUCACCUUCCAACACCCUUGGCAAGAGCCACAUCUGGAAUUGGGCCAAAAUUUACAGCAAUGGCAAAUACUAUACCUUUUAUUUUAGAGGGAUGUUGAGGUUAGGAGUCAUGUGUCUUUCACAUACUGGUGCUUGACCCUUUUCGAAAGUUUUAUUUAUAGUUACCUUCAUCAGAACGAUCUCUUCCAGUCAGGAAUAGUUUUGAACACUGUUGCUUUUAACUCCUCAGGUUAUUUGAUGCUCUCGUUCCAGACCCAAAUAUAAUAUUUGGCUUUGCAUGCUUGGUUCCAUUCCCCCUUUGUGCUGUGAUUGAAGCAUAACAUGGGUUUUUUGAGCAAAAGUCUUAAGAGGCAGACCUUUUUCUUUUCUUUUGCUUGUUAGAUGGAUUACUGUUUAAUAAAAAAAUAGAGGAAACGUGCAGCUUCUUUUUUCUGCCCAAAGAUGUCCCAUAAGGAGUAACAAAUCUCUCCUGUCUCUGUAGGGAAGAAAGUUUUCUAUCCUGUGGUAUUCAGCCUUUAUAAUCCUGCCAUUGUCUAUGCUAAUCAAGAUGUGCCACCCCCUGUGGAGCAGCAGUUGGUAAGUGACUGGAGUUUAAAGAAGCUUAAAAACCUUGUUCUCCAUAUUAACCAGUAGCAGCUUCAAUGCAGUGUUUGAUGGAAGAACUGUUUAUGUGGAAAGUAGGUCCUUUAAGUUUAGCUCUGUUGAGCCUUCUCCAUUAAGCAGAGAGGACAAGAGUCAGAUCAAAAGGAAAAGAAAUUUGAAAUAUUUAAAACACUGCAUGGGAUGAUGGAAACUUAUAAAUUCAACACUCACUGAAACAUAAAACAAAUGUGUAAAUGAGCACAUUCAUUUACAUGCCAAGGAGCAUGUAAAUCAUUAAAUGCUAGGUAGGGGAAAUUCAAAUGUGAAAUAAAUAGAGCGAAUAAAGAUUUCAGAAAUUUACUCAAGAACAAUCAACUUAGAAGAAUUUGGAAAUAAAAAUAAUUAACCAAACAGAUACUAGUAAGCCUUAAAUUGCAUACUCCUUAAAUGUUCCAUAGUCCAAAAAGCUUCCUAAAUUCCCAACUAUUCAUCCAGUUAACCUAAAGAUAAAAAAUGGAGAAGGAAGAUUAUAGCUUUAUCCACAUAUAGACUGGUGCUAAUGCCAGUUAUCCUCUUCAUCAUCACCAUCAUCUUCAUCAUAAAAUUUUAUUUGUAUCCCACCCUCCCUGGCCAAAGCCGAGCUCAUAGUGGCUAACAAGUAAAAAUAGCACAGUGUACAAAAAAUCACACAGUCAAUUAAUUAAAAUACAUUCUAAAAUCAAUUCAGAAUCAAAUUAAUGGCAACCAUUGGGCUAGAGUUCUAUGGGGAUUACAGAAAGAGAGAGGGGGUCAGACUGUGCCUUGGCCAAAGGCCUGGUGGAACCGCUCUGUCUUUCAGGCCUUGCGGAAAGAUGUCAAGUCCCACAGGGCCCUAGUCUCUUGUGGCAGAGUGUUCUACCAGAUUGGGGCCACGGCCAAAAAAGCCCUGGCUCUGGUCGAGGCCAACCUAACCUCCCUGUGGCCCGGGAUCUCCAAGAUGUUUUUAUUUGAAGACUGUAAGGUCCUCCGUGGGACAUACCAGGAGAGGUGGUCCCGUAGGUACAAGGGUCCUAGGCCGUAUAGCACUUUAAAGGUUAAAACCAGCACCUUAAACCUGAUCCUGUACUCCAGAAUUUACCCCAUACUCUUCUGUAAAAAUGGCAAUAAUUCAGCAGCAUCUACGAAUGAUGCAUACAAACAUCUUGCAAAGCUUGCAGAGUUUUGUGUUCAGUUUUUUUAAAAAAAGUAUCAGAGAGUCUGUCGUCAAAGGUGAAGGAUUCUACCACACCAUUUGCGGAAAAAUAAAAUGGCAUGUUCCUAACGAUACAUGGUGUUUGCUUCAUUAAACAAGAAAACUGAGAAACAUUAGAUGAGGGCAAAACUGGAAAUCUGUUACUGUGUAAUGUGUAGCACACUGGCUGGAGUACGAGGUAGGCUAAGGUCCUCUUCAUGCUGCGUGUAAAGCUGUAAAGUAGGGAGCCUCCACAGCAGAAGGCCAAUGUGGUCAAGGAAGCCUGCUAAAGCUGGGGAUCACACAGGAAGUUCAUAGAAGGCCAGGGAGAUAGAAGAAGAGGAAUUAUGGUGUGUGUUUCUUUACACAGGGUGAUUUGAUUACUUUGCACCUACUUCUGCCUGCCAAAUGUGCCUAUGGAAGUGUUGCCAGCAGCAUCCCAGAAGCAUAAAGCCUUCAAACUGAGCUUGUGGGGCUGAGCCAACCCAGGAUCCAUUCAAUCCUGUGUUAUUUCUGCUGCUGCAUCAGGUGUGACCUGGGCCCAGCCAGUGCAGCAGCCCCAGGCUGGCGUUGCAGUCGUUCUGUCACUGCUGCUUUAUGAAGUCAGGCUGUGGGUGGGGUGAGUUAGGAUUGCUUCCUUAGUCUCACUUCAACUUGAACUUGAUGGGACAACAAACAUGGAAGUCCCAGCAAAAACACAUUCAGGGCACAUUACGACCGUAUGUUCGUAUAGAGAAGCGGGUAGUCUACAUGCCAUUUUUUGAAAUAAACUUGUGUUGCCUGUUAUGCCUAGUUUUGCCUUGAUGCCGUUGUUUCCUUUUGGCACUGCAAAUUUUUGUAUGAUUUCACUAACACAUGCAUUUUAUGGACACUUUACCCCGGCGUAUGCAUUUUUGUACAUGCUACUUGGCUAGACAACUGCAAAAUUUGAAGGACAGCUGUGUUUUGGUUCUCAGAUUGUUUUGGAAACUGCCAAUUAUGUACCUUUAAAUGCAAAUCGAAUUGAAAUUCUCCCCCAUCCCUAGUGGGUGGUGAGUGAAUUGUUUACUGGGAUAAUUAAUUUCAGAUCCUGUUUCUUCUUGAAAUGCCUAAAUAUGCAUACUUUUAUAAUUGUAGGUGCACAAAAAGGAUUCUGGUUUUUGGAGGGAUUUUGGUUUUGGGAUGACUUGUCAGUAUCGAACAGAUUUCUUGGCUGUCGGUAAGAUGCUUUGCUUUAUGAUUUUUGUCUUGGAUUUUGUCAGAUAUCCUCUGUUUACUGAUUGACAUGGGAAUGUUGCUUCUUGCUGGAUAUUCUGCACAAAUACCCAGCUCAAGUGACUCUUGCUCUCACUAAGGAAGAGAAAUGAUUUAUUCCAGGAAACUAUUACUUUACAUUAUUUCUGUCCGGCCUUUCAGUCUAAAGACACCCAGGGCAUACUUAAUUAAAUCAUGGUUCUUGAACUUUGUAGAAAAAAAUUGUGUGAGUUAUUCACCCAUGCGGUUUCUUACUUGACCAUUUAAAAAGCUAGCACAAGCCUCACAGCUUAGUUUUGUCUAUAUAUGUUGGCACCACCUUGUGGUUUAACUGAGUUUUGAUAUUGUGUAAUAGCUUUAUGUCUUAUUUUAGUUACUGUACAAUAUUAAUGCUGCUUUUAAAAAAUGCAGUAGCACUGCACCAAUUUUUUUUUGGUCUUGUCUCUCUUCAUAUUUUUAAUUAAGGCAAAUUACUAUUUACUUCCUGUUUGUCUGUGGGCAGCCCAAGCCUAAGUAUGUGUGACUCUAGAUUUUUUUUGUUCCUUGUCCAUGAAAGAUGAGUAUGUCCAUAGUGCCAUAGGAUUAGGUUAUCUAAAGAAGAGGAACAAUUCCUAGGGAAGGGAUAACUGGAGGAGACAAAUAAAGCCAAUUCAGUGGAACAAGAGUUUUGGUAGGCAGAUCAGAAACAAUUCCAAAGAAAAAGAGAAAGGAAUAACCACUUUUGCUAUAGAAUUCAUCAGUCUUGGUAAUUUUGUGUGUUCCCACUGAUCGUUGUUUGGCUUUGGGACCUUAACUAACUCUUGCUUAUUUUUAAAGGAAACCUUUUAUUACAAAAUUUGACUAUUGCUGACAAGGAAUUGCUCUUUUGCCGUGUCCAUAUUACACAUUUUUUUUGCUUUUAAACAGCUCGUGUUUUUCUAUAAUCUGGACUUCUCAGUUUAUUACUUGUAUUUUGUUGUACACCUGUGCUAAUUAUUUUAGUAUUUUUUUCUGCCAGAAAGGGUGCAUUUUAUGCUGCUUCUGUUCUUUGUGAAGUAUUGUGUUUAAUACUGAAUUUUAUUCUUUUAAUGCUUUUAAUAAAUAAAAUAAAUGAUAAAUUGCAAUGACUAAUAUUUCUUUGCUUUAUUGCUUGCUUUAACUGCAGUUGAGAGUAGAGGAGAUUGUUGAAUGGGAAAGUGUAUGUAUGAAUGGCAGUGCUUUCUUGUAAAAAAUGCACAAAUGUGUUCAUAGCUUCCCUUAAUGAAUCUGGUUUUUUAAAAAAAAGUUUUUUUAUUCAAAAUUAAAACAAGACAUAUUAUCCAAAAAUAUAUCAUCCUUGUUUCCCCCCCAUUUUUCCUCCCUCCCCCCACCGCCCCACACAAAACCCACCUGUCCCCACCCCCCGACUUCCCUCAGUUCCAGUCUUUGGUUCCUCUGAGACUUCUGUUUUCUGCAUGUUACAAAGUUGUAUAGAUCCUCAAACUGUUUAGCUGAUUAUUAUCAAUAAAAAGUUUGUGAAUAUUUAUUCAAAACCUGCCAAGGAGUCCCUUAAUGAAUCUGGAAACUAAUUCCUCCCUUUCAGGAAUAAGAUUUUAUAUGACAUCAGGACCUAGCAUGUGUGUAGCUACAGCUUUUUUGCAGAGCUUAUAGGCAAUUGUUAGCUUAUAUCAGGGAUGGGGAAUAUGUGGACCUCAAGAGAUUGUUGGACUCCAUUCCUUUAAUCCCUUACCAUUGGCUGAGGUUGGUGGGAACUGGAGUUGAACAAACUUUGGAGGGUUAUGGGUUCUCCAUUUUUGGCUUUCACCUAUCUUUCAGUUACAAGAGUUCUCGGACUUCAUUUUUUGCCAUCUUCAUGUUUUAAAAAUGGCGAUUAACUGCUAAAGAAUUAGCAGCAAGAUGGCUGCACUCAUUGUGCAGAUUUUUCAUGAUUUCUGAUGGCUCUAGGUUUUGGAAGCUGUUCACAACUGAGGACAACAGUUAAAUAAUUCCAACUAAAAUAUAAGAUGUGAUCAUCUUUGUAAAACAGGUUCCCCUUCUCUGUUAGUGAUUACAUACAUAAAAUUUUGUUGACUCCUUGGUGAUUAGAAUCUGAAGCUCUUCUGACAAGGACUUGCCCUUUAUUACCUAACUAGCAACUUGAGAUCUCUACUUUCAAUUAUCUUUUAACCUUGUGAGUCCUGUUGGUUUAUCUUGCUUGGCGAUAUAGGAUCUUGAAAAGGAAUGUAUCUUCUCUACACCUCUGCUUGUGAAGUUAUUUGAUUACAGCAUUUCUGAUUUCUGUCUUUGAUUUAUUGCAGGGGGCUUUGACUUGGAAGUCAAAGGCUGGGGUGGAGAAGAUGUCCACCUUUAUCGAAAGUACUUGCAUGGCGAUCUCAUUGUGGCCAGGACCCCAGUCCCUGGCCUCUUUCAUCUCUGGCAUGAGAAGCAUUGUGCCGAUGAACUGACUCCGGAGCAAUAUCGCAUGUGCAUCCAGUCUAAAGCCAUGAAUGAGGCCUCUCACUCUCACCUUGGGAUGCUGGUGUUCAGAGAGGAGAUUGAGACCCACCUGCGUAAGCAGGCGUACAGGACUAACAGUGAAGCAAUAGGUUAAAAUGAUCCUCAGUGCAAUCCUAAGACUCUCGAGCUGCUAUGAACCAGCAUCGUUCUGAAGCCUUAAUUAUAACUCAGCUAAAAAAAACAACGCAGUGCCUCUCUCUUGCUGAAGAUGAUUUCAAAGAUCUUUCUCUGGCCAGCUGUUACCUACACAUUGCACCAGAUCAGGCACUUGAGCGAAAGGAAGCAUUUCAGUUUGUUUUUAACAUGUCUAACUGCAUGGGGGGUUGUAGGCAAGGGAACAAGAACAGAGUAUAUUAACUUUUCUGCAUCUAGAUUUUUCUUUUAACAUUCUCAUUUUUCAGAUUUGCAUUAUGUGGGAAUAAGAGUCACAACUGAAUGAAAAACUGCCUUCUCCACUGCCUAUCAUUAUUCUGUGCUGCUUGCUUCACUGUAGUUUUUUUAGAAAGGGACACUGUAAGUACGUACGCAUUCCGUGGGAAGAAUAAAGCCCUGAGGCAAGAGCCCGUGGAGAAUUAUAUGCAAAAAAACCCACCAUGGUAUGUUGUGCAGCCAGAAUCACUGAAUUCGCCUUAUUAACCAUCAGGUACAUAAAUCAACUUGCAAAAAUAUGUAUUUAAGGUAUUUAAAAGAAAGGAUGUUGAACAGUUUACAAUAAUAUUGCAUUGCUGUUCUUUAUUGGAUUGUAAAUGAAUUGAGCUUGUAUGCUGUCUGCUUAUCCUAGCUACUGGCCAAAUAAUUUUUUUUUUGCAUGUUUUGGGAUGUAGAAAGAAAUGCUGUCUUGAACAUAAGCAGUUCAUUUCACUGCCUCAUUAUUACACUUCUGAUAUCCUUUGUUCUUCAGGUGAGUAUUGAAGUCUCUGUCACUUGGGAGAGGGGAUAGGAGAAAAGACGGCAAUCGCUUGCUAACUUGGGGCUGUUUUAUUUUACUUUUGGCACUGGGCACAAUAAUGUCUCCUGCUUAGGCCCCAUUGAAACGAACAAGAGUUGCAGAAAAGCAGAGCUGUGCUUUUGUGCAGUCUCUUAUCCGUUUCGAAUGGGGUCUGCGACAGGAACACUGGGAGCAUUGUGCCAAUUGAAUUUGUGGGCAAUGAAAAUAAUACGGCUUUUAACUCUGAAAGACUAUGUACUGUUUGAAAAUAGUUCUGGACACUGAUCUUUUUUAAAAACAUGUAAUUUGCCUUUAUAACAUUGUGAAGAACAAUGUAACUUGUCUGAAGUGGAGAGAAUGUAAUGCAAGUUGGCUUGCUGUUGUCUUCUCUUUAUAAUUAAAUUGAAUACUACUGUGUUUUAAUAUAGGACUGGUUUCUUGUUUUGAGGUCAUGAAGAAAUGUGGUACAGCCGUAAAGUGUGUUGUGAAUGCAUAUAGUGUAGUGUGGCCAGCAAAAAAGAAAGCAAAUGUUGUGUACUUCCAAAGUUACAAGUUAUGACUGUAGAUUGAGGAUGAUGGCAUAUUUUCUGUGAGGAAUCGGAUGCAUAGAAAUCCAACUGCAUGAGAAAUCAGGGAAGCUGCAAAGAACAGCCACAACAGGGUUUGUUUGUUUUUAAAAACCAAAGUGGCAUCUGAUAUAGGUGCUGUUUUUCCUGCCCAUUUCAAAUAAAGAAAAAUAAUGGAUUGAAGAUGGAGUUGGGAAGCCACCCUUCUUGGUUAACUAUCUACGCCUUGCUCCUGCUAUAGCUGAACUGAUUUCAUUCUUCUGUACCUUCACAGGCUGAUACCAUAUCUGUCUUUACGGACAAAGGUAAAGAGCUAUAUCAAUGCUAUGAGUUCCUGGUUUUGUUUUCCAGGAAUGUCCCCACAUUCCAACAACAUUUCAUCAGCGUAAUAGCAAUACUCUUUCUUUGCUUUUAAUUUCACAUUUUGUAAUGUUCAGUGUGUCAUUCUGGUAGUGGAAUAAGAAAUGCUCAACCAAAUGAACUUUCAGUCACACAAGUGCCAAUCCGUAGAAGAAUUUUCUCAACACCAGAUUCUUUAAUCGGUUAGAGAACUGCCUUGUGAUUCAGUAUCUGGGAAAAUUGCCAGCAAGACAGAAGAUGGAAGAUGAACUGCUUUAAGGACAUAAGAGACCAGCUGGAUCAGACCAAUAACAUGUUUGCUCCAGAACAAAUGACGUUAGUAAAAUAAUGGAGGAGGUGGCUUUUCAGCAUAGGAACUGCACUGAGAAUCUUGGGCAGUAAGCCCAAAUUGAAAAAUCUACAAUAGGGGCAGGGGUCCCUGUAGCAGAAAGCAUCCAGGCCCUGUUAUUGUCUCUGUAUGUCUCCCUUGCAGCUAAUAGUUUGGGAGCCAUGGGGGAGAGGGCUCUUGCACUGAUGAAUUGAUGUGGGGCUAAUGUAUGCACCUAACUUUUUAUUUAAGGAAAAAAGAAAAACAUUGGGAGAGCCAACUGCAGAACUCCCACAUAACUUGCUGUUUGAUCCCUUUGACAAGGAUCCAUAUUUAGGCUCAUGUAUGGGAUUUGCGAUAGCCUGGUGGGAUUUGACUUUUGCUUGGCUGACCCCCCACCCUCAUGCUGUGUCAUAAACUGCUUUUGAAACUUCCCUUCCUUUGCUGUGCAGCAUUUAGCAAGAAUAAGAGAAUAACAAGUGUAAAAUAUCCCAGGGCACCCAAACUGAUUCCACAGUUAAUCUGGAUUUAACCAGUUGUCUACAGUCAGAAUAUCUGUCCCAGGCCACUUUGUAGGUCCUGUGAAGUUGGCCAUAUUCACAAGCUUAUUAUUCUGCUUGUGGGGUACCGGGUGUUCCCUUCACUAUACCAAAGUAAGGGAAAUUUAAAUAAUAUAUUGUAAUUUUUUGAAUAAUAUUUUAUCCCGCUUAGGUUUUUUUUGGGAUUUCCUUCUGUUAUCUGUUUUAAAACUAUUAUUUCUGUGGCAGAGUGAAUUUUAUUUACACAUUUGUACACCACCCAGAAUAGUUUUAAUGAAGGGUGUCUAAGUAAUAACUUCACAAAUCUCAUUAUAGGGUUGAGGACAUAGCAGCCUACAUAAUACAUCAGUUUGAUCUUGACUGUUCAGCAGUUCUCAGAGUCCAGCACUGAAUGUGUGGAGCAAACCUGAUUAUCUUGGGGAGCUUUUUGUGUCAGCUACCAAAGGCUUCCAUGGAAGUAAAAUUGUAAUGCUUGGCCUUGUAUUUGCUGUGCGUUUUUUUGUGUGUUGCUCAUACCUGUCCUUUUGGUUUCACGCUGGACAUGUUGUGAAUUGUUAAUCUCCUAUGAGAGAGAUUAGGAUUCCUAAGUGAAUUCAGUUUCCUUUAACAAAUGCAACUCCAAGCAAACACUCUUUAAAAAAAGCUUUUCCUAGGAAAGAACUCUUAUCACCCAGGCUGUGUUUUAUUGUGGGAUUAAUUACGGCUUUUAUGAGAAGGCGUCUUGACCUGUCUCUACUCACUGAGAAAUAGAACAAGACCCUGUUUGUUCAGUGUUAAUCAAAAGUAAAUUGCAUGGUAUGCAAGGAUCAAACUGUCUUAUUUCUGUCACUGUUCAUCAGCAAAUAAAUGCCCAAUGUUUA